AGCCCGUUGAGGGCGCCGCGUCAGCUGAUCGUGGAGUGGCCUUGCGUGCGGGCUGGUCGGGGUUCUACGGUCCCAUCGCCCCCUCCGCAGCCAUGUCGUCCUUCCCAGAGCUCUAUUUCAACGUGGAUAAUGGCUACUUGGAAGGGCUGGUACGCGGCCUAAAGGCAGGGGUGCUCAGCCAGGCGGACUACCUCAACCUGGUGCAGUGCGAGACGCUCGAGGACCUGAAGCUGCAUCUGCAGAGUACUGACUACGGCAACUUCCUGGCCAAUGAAGCGUCUCCGCUCACAGUUUCUGUCAUCGAUGACCGACUCAAGGAGAAGAUGGUGGUGGAGUUCCGCCACAUGAGGAACCACGCCUACGAGCCCCUUGCCAGCUUCCUGGACUUCAUCACUUACAGCUACAUGAUUGACAACGUCAUCCUGCUCAUCACUGGCACGCUGCACCAGCGCUCCAUCUCCGAGCUGGUGCCCAAGUGCCACCCGCUAGGGAGUUUCGAGCAGAUGGAGGCUGUGAACAUCGCGCAGACCCCCGCUGAGCUCUACAAUGCCAUUCUGGUGGACACGCCUCUGGCGGCUUUUUUCCAGGACUGCAUCUCAGAGCAAGACCUGGAUGAGAUGAACAUCGAGAUUAUCCGAAACACACUCUACAAGGCCUACCUGGAGUCUUUCUACAAGUUCUGUGCCCUGCUGGGCGGCACCACGGCCGAUGCCAUGUGCCCCAUCUUGGAGUUUGAAGCCGAUCGCCGGGCCUUCAUCAUCACCAUCAACUCCUUCGGCACAGAGCUGUCCAAGGAGGACCGUGCCAAGCUCUUUCCGCACUGUGGGCGGCUCUACCCUGAGGGCCUGGCCCAGCUGGCUCGGGCUGAUGACUAUGAGCAGGUUAAGAACGUGGCUGACUACUAUCCGGAGUACAAGCUGCUCUUUGAGGGUGCAGGCAGCAACCCUGGAGACAAGACACUGGAGGACCGAUUCUUUGAGCAUGAGGUGAAGCUGAACAAGUUGGCCUUCCUGAACCAGUUCCACUUUGGUGUCUUCUACGCCUUUGUGAAGCUCAAGGAGCAGGAAUGCCGCAACAUCGUAUGGAUCGCCGAGUGCAUUGCCCAGCGCCACCGCGCCAAGAUCGACAACUACAUCCCCAUCUUCUAGCGCCCUGACCCAAGGCUCCCCACGAAUGCACU